UUCCAUGAAUAUAAAAUGACGCAAAAACAGAUGAAGGGUAUUAAUAUAGAUGAAAAUCUUUUUUUGUCAUUUAGAGCAAUGUCAUCAAGUUUAAAAAUAAAAGAAUUAAAUGAAAAUUUUAUAUGUAUCAUUUGCAAUGGUUAUCUUAUUCGACCAGUUGCCAUAACAGAGUGCUUGCAUUAUUUUUGUCGCAGCUGCAUUGUAAAGUAUUUAGAGACAACAUCUGAAUACAAGUGUCCAUUUUGCGAAACACUUAUUCAUGAGACCAACCCAUGGGAUAUGUUAAGGGAAGAUAAAAAAUUGGAGUACAUAAUAUAUAAGCUUGUUCCAGGUCUUGCCCAAAAUGAAAAGAAACGGCGAAAACUUUUUUAUUCGCGGAAAGGUAUGGAAGAUCCUGAUGAAAACGAUACCGACUCUAAUCUGAACUUGUGCAUUCAAGAAGCUGCUGGAAGUACAAAGAAUGACAAAGAGGAGCAAAAAGAAUCUGAGCAGCCUCAAGAUUGUCAGAAACAAGUAUUUCUUGAUUCCUCGCAAAUUGGAUUAUGUUUGAAUUAUAUGGAACCGGAGGGAAAAGAAAAGAAAGACAAGUCAGACAGCAAUUUUCGAAGACUUGAGAAGCCAUAUUUGCGUACUUCUUCUCACAUCACUGUUGCUCAACUAAAAAAGUUUCUCCGUAAAAAAUUAACCUGUUCCUCGUCAUUGGAUAUUGAUAUAUUUUGCAAUGGUGAAUUAAUGGGCAGACAUCAUACGUUAGAGUUUAUUUAUAUGACAAGAUGGCGGUAUAAGGAGGGUGUUUUAACAUUAGAUUAUCGUCCCAAAGUAGAGUUAUCGUGAGCGUGUAUACAAAGGCAUAAUAUUGCCAUUAAAUCUGUGUAAUUAUUAUUUUCUAUAUGUGCAAAACUCUUUUUCUCAGUGAUUUUUUUCUUUUUUUUUCUGAUUUUCUGAAUUUAUUUUUCAGACAGAUUUCAGGAUACCAAAAUGUAACAAUAAUUAAGUUAUUUGGUUAUUGUUUUUUUUUAAUUGUAAAGGUAAAAUAUUCUUUACACAAACCA